UGACCGUGGAAUUUUGGGCUACAUCACUCGACUCGUCCGUGGUUAUAUAAGCCAGGCUGGUCCCGAGCCUAUCUGUUUAUAACUUUGUACAAAUCUCUGUUUUGUACGUGAGAUAUCCCGAAAAUUCUGCAGGUCGUGUUUGUGUCCACAGGGUACGUUUUACGUCGGGAUCUCCAAGCAAUCAAGCUCGGGUUAUUGUCCAACUAAAAAGUCGUUUUCGCAGUGAUUAAUAUUAAUAUUGUGCCACCAAUCUCAUUUUUGUCUCCUUCGAGAGGUGAUGUUCCUGUGUAUGUCACUGGCGCAGAAUCGCGGACUGUUAAAGCAGUGGCCAUAGACGCGCCACCUGGAUCAUCGAUAUCUCAGUCUCUCAAUCAUUUACUAGCAUACAUUGACACACUCGGUACCAUGUCAGCUUCAUCACAGGAUCUUCCAAGGACACCCCUGCCGCUCACAUUGCAACACCGUGAUGAGAUCGAUCAAACCGUACUCAAAAGAGUUCGCCCUAGCUACUUGAAGACGAUCCUUGAAGAUGAAGGGGCUAAUGAUGUCGCAAUAGAGCCACUCCUUGAGAUCGUCAUAACAAGAACUAUCUGGGCGACCAGUGAAUUACUCAGGCGGGAAAACCUGAAGGAUAACCUUGAUGAGGGUGUGGCAUGGGCGGAGGGGACCCUACAGCAGCGCCCUGAACUGCGGGGAAUAAUCCGCCACGCCUGUCAGACACGCUCGUUCUCCCACAUCGCUGACCUCGAUAUAUUUCAGAUACCUCAAGCUAGUGACCCCCCCGCACCCUCGGCUGAAGAUGAGGACCAAUCAGACUUCCUUUACAAUUCGUUCGUCCGACCAUACGUUGGGAAGGCUGUGGAUGGUUUCUAUGAGUACCUGAAAAAUAACAACAUGAAGUUCGCGGGAAGCGGCGACAAAGGACCAUACUAUGCGAAGUUCUGUUCAAUCGUGCAAAGCUCGGGCACAGGAAAAUCAAGACUAAUGACUGAGCUCCGGAACAAAGGCGUUCUUGUUUUGUACAUGAACCUUCGUGAUCCGAGUGAUCCAGGCUUCCCUAUGCGAGACGUAGUGCCUGCGCGUAUAUUGACGGAAGAUAUGGGCUGCACUCAAGCCGAGUAUACCGCUCGUUGUUGCGCCUUCUUUACGGCCAUAUUCCAGACGCUCCAGAAGUAUCUGAGCGACGAGUUUCCUCGGCUGCGCUCUCAGGCUAGCGGUCCUGAUGCUGCAAUCAAAUCGUGGAAUGACGAAAUGUGCGACAUGCGCUCGGAAGCUCGUACCAAGUUCUUUCAGGAAGUUCAAGAUCUCUAUGAGAAGAUCCUUGAUAAGAUCAAAUUAUCGAAGCCCGAAGAGAAAACCGACUCCGCUGCGCCCACGGCGGAGGAGACCGCCGUAAAGUUAGGGAGUAUGUCUCUCACAGAUGGGAAGAUCAUGGUGCCGAAACUAGAAGGCGAAUCAUUCGUCAAGACAUCUUAUAACAACAUGCUGGAGGUUUUGAAACGUAUAUUCAAUAAGAAGGACAGGGACAUGGUUUUAAAUCAUGAUCCUAAACUCGUGAUAGCAUUCGAUGAGGCCCACCCUCUGAGUAACAUGAGUAUCAAGGGUUUUCGUCCAUCACAUAUUGUUGGCAGGACGAUCAAUUGCUACUCCAAGAACUGCCACGCAUCAGUCUGGGUCGUUUUUGCAUCCACAACUUCACAAGUGGCGCAUUUUUCAGCCCCUCAAAUGAUCCAUGACUCUUUGCGCGUAGCGGUGGCUGGUCAACUGGUAUACCCGCCUUAUACACAUCUUGGCUGGGACCAGCUUGCAGACCCUCUGUCUAACAUAUCGGCGAAUGAUGUCGCAAAGUUCAGUCAUAUCGUCGGAUUCGGUCGACCACUGUGGAAAUCGCUCGCGGGAAAAUUUACUAUCGCUGAGAUUGUGAUACUGGCUGCCCAGAAACUGUGCAAAUCUAUGACCUUUGACCUGACGGAUACGAACCAGGCUCUCGCUAUCCUGUCUCAGAGAUUCGGUCUCGACAUUUGCUUUGGUCACCCUGAUGCUGUCUCUUAUCUCGAGAAAGCGGUGGCUAGUCACCUGCGUAUAUGCUUCUCGACGACUGAAGAUAGGACGUGGACCUUCACCGGUUAUCCAUCGGAGCCCUUUCUAUCCUGCAUUGCAUCAAUUCUGCUCCAUAGGACGCCCGACAGUCUGGCGAACGCUUUGGCGGUCUUGAAAAGAAAGGCUGAUGGUGGGAUGGUCGAGAUAGGACAGAGCGGAGAGUUGGCCAGCAGGCUUUUGCUGCUUCUCGCCAAGGAUCUCUUUAUCCGCAAGGACCCCUCCCAAGACGUGAUCAUGGAUAUACACCAUGUCGGAAAUAGUGAUGCAGAUCUGAUAGACUGUCAGAAGGUCCCCGUCAUCGAUUUUUUGGAAUAUCUUUUUGGCGAGACUUUCUGGUCGGAGUUGGCUGAGGCUAAGGCAGCAUUUCAGCAUGCCUACAUCAAUUUCUCGCAUUGGGUAGCAAUGACAGAGUUCAUCUCACCGCGAAUUUCCGAUCAGACUGACGCCGAUCCAUUGAGCGCUAGAUGCAGCGCCGAAGAGUGGACCUUGCGACACUGGCAUCGGACGAGUGCGGUGCAAUGCUGUCAUCUGCAGCCGCUCGUUGACAAGAUGAUUCCUAUAUAUUUUGACGAUCCGGCCCUUGGCCCCAACGAUCUCGACCGCGUAUCACAGAUAUUCAUUUCCGACAAGGCGGGGAAGAAUUGCCAUGAGCAAGACUUGAGGUUCGUCACUCGCAAGCAUGAUUCGAUCCAGUGCCUAUCGAAUCUCCCCUACAUCGCUCUCCUUCUCGACCUCAACGUGAAACCAAAGCUUGAGGUUACAUUUCCGAAGAAGGAACCAAAUCAUGUUGAAACAGACCGAUGUCUACGGAUCUACGCUUCUGGAAUCAGCGACAUCACGUUUCCGGUCUUGGGCCAACAUUCCGAAAUUGCGACACAGCUGCGUGGGCUUGUCUCUCGGCAAAAGGAAGCACCGUCCCAAACAACUCUCGAAGCUCUCGUUAAAUUUGGGAGUACUGCGAGGCUACGCAAUUUGCAGUGGGAGGCACAAGAUGCAUGA